AUGCCUCCAGAACCAACACAGUACGACGCUGUCACGCCCCAGGACUCGGCGACGCCGCUGAUCAUAUCCGAGCAAAGAGGCGAGCAGGACGGUGCCGCGGAAGAGAAAGACCCGAAGACUGGGAAGCGGAAGUUCUGGGGACUGGGCAGGAAGAUGGAGGAGCAGAGGGACAUGGCGGCGGCAACAUCGUCGAGUACCAGCUCAAAUCUCCAGCCCACGGCACAGCAGUCGACAAUGCGACCGCCUUCGCCCGGCAAGGCACCAGCCGACCUGAGACCGCAGUCGGCAGAACCCCCACCCAUCCCCACCACCCCCUCCCGCCAUCCCUACCCCUCCGUCGCCAACGCCGCCGCAUCCCCCUCCCGCCUCCGCUCUGGCUCCCCACGCCUGCACUCCCCGGCGUCGAGCGAGAUCUUCGAGCGCAGCGUGCAAGAGCCGGUGCAGAUGUCCACUUUAACCGACGACACCGAAGCCCACAUCCCCUCCCACGUCAUCACCGAAGACCACAUCCCGCCCGCCCUCGAAGCCUCCGCGCAGGCCAUCACGAGCGAGAAUUUGAAUGCAGACGAAGUCAGCAUCGUCAUGUCCGCGUCGCACCAACCGGCCGCCCCGGCUGUGCUGGAAGGCUCGUCCAGCCAAGCGGAUCUCACGCAGCUCCAGACCCCGCCGCUACAGCACGCAGCAUCCCAGGACUCAGAGCACGCCAGCUCGCUACACCACUCCAGCAUCGCCCCGGCCCCCGCAGCCGCUGAUGACGACGGCGCCAGCAACUACGGCCAACUCGACCCCAACGACGUGCGCCGCCUCUCUUUCAUCUCCUUCGCCGACGUCGUGCAGAGCGAGCACGCCGCGCCCUCCGGCUCCGCCCUCUCCGACGCAGGCGGGAAUCGCGACAGUCUGCACAUCGCCUCCCUCCCCUCGUCCUUCCAAAACGAAGCGCGCGCGGCGUCACCGCUACGCUCGCCACGGAGUCCGGGGUCGAUGCAGAGUCGGACUUUGAGUGGGGGAGGUGUUACCACCCCUCCGCCUGGUGUUAGUGGUGGAGUGGAGCAGGGUUCUCCGCCGCAGCAGAGCGAGUUGACGAUCGAGACGAUGCGGCAGGCGGUUAGGAAGACGGCGAGUGGGGAUUUGCAGCAGGCUGGUGGGAGAGGGGCGGGGAUGAGUCCGGUGGGGUCUUCUGAGGAGGUGGGUGGGGGGAGUCGGAGUCGGGGAAAUUCGUGA